AUGAGGACUUAUGGGACGUCGUCGGUGGUAACCACUACGAUCACCGAUCAGAAGAUCACUGCGAUCAAAGACAUCAUCCCGAUCCUGGAGAAAACCACUCAGCUCCGAGCUCCGUUGUUCAUCAUCGCGGAGGAUGUCACCGGCGAGGCCCUGGCGACCCUCGUCGUGAACAAACUCCGCAGCGUGCUCAACGUGGUCGCCGUCAAGGCUCCAGGGUUUGGUGAAAGAAGAAAAGCUAUGCUUCAGGACAUUGCCAUCUUGACGGGGGCCGAGUACCAGGCCCUCGACAUGGGCCUUCUGGUGGAGAACACGACCAUAGAUCAGUUGGGGAUCGCUAGGAAAGUCACUAUUAGCAAAGACUCGACCACGCUUAUAGCUGAUGCGGCUUCCAAGGACGAGCUGCAAGCUCGUAUCUCCCAGCUUAAGAAGGAGCUGUCAGAGACUGACUCCGUGUACGACUCGGAGAAGCUCGCCGAGAGAAUCGCCAAGCUCUCAGGCGGUGUUGCCGUUAUUAAAGUCGGAGCGGCGACUGAGACUGAGCUCGAGGACCGUAAGCUUCGUAUCGAGGACGCGAAGAACGCUACAUUUGCUGCAAUCGAAGAAGGGAUAGUUCCUGGCGGCGGUGCCACGCUGGUGCAUCUAUCAACUGUGAUUCCUGCUAUUAAGGAGAAGCUUGAGGAUGCUGAUGAGCGUUUGGGAGCCGACAUAGUACAGAAGGCUUUGGUGGCACCAGCUGCGCUUAUUGCACAGAACGCUGGAAUAGAAGGAGAAGUUGUUGUGGAGAAGAUUAUGUUCAGCGAAUGGGAGAUAGGGUACAACGCCAUGACUGAUACAUAUGAGAAUCUGUUGGAAGCUGGAGUGAUUGAUCCAGCUAAAGUGACGAGAUGUGCGCUUCAGAACGCUGCUUCGGUUGCGGGGAUGGUGCUGACCACUCAGGCCAUUGUUGUCGACAAACCGAAACCUAAGGCUCCUACUGCUGCUCCUCCUCAGGGUCUCAUGGUGUAAUGAAAUCACUUUAUCAUAUGGCUAUAUUUGUUGUCCCCAAUUAUAUCUGCAAUAUUUUUCUCUGGGGAAAUGAGUAGUUUGUUUAACGGUAAUGAAAAUAUCAUUUUUUUUAUU